AAUUGAAUAGAAGUCAAGAUCAUAGACACACAUGCUGUACUGGUGUGCUUGCCAUUAAGAUCUCAACAUUUAAGAAACAUUUUCAAGUUAUGUCCUGAGGAAAGUUGUCAAAAUCCCAGAGAGCCAAAAGUUGUAAACCACGUAUUGUGAAACAUGCACGUAUUGUGAAACAUGCACGCAUUGUGACACAAACACGCACGUACACACACACACAUGUUCUCACGCUCACACGAUUGACCACACCCAUACACCCGCUUAUGAUACGUCGCACACAAGGUGCAUGUAUAUAUUGAGAAUAAACGUUCAUUCAACUGUACAAGGCGUUGCUUGGAUUUAUUCUUUGUCGUCGGGUGUCGUUGCUGAUGUGCGUUUGAACUUUGUCGAUUCUGGGGUUUGAUUCUGCAACUACAUCUCAAAGUUUACAACUCUUGGACGUCUUCACAUAACUUCGGACGUCUUCGACUGUGUGUAUCAAGGUGUGAAGGAACGCGGAUCUUAAAAUGGACGUCGCUGCCGAGAAGGACGACACAAGGUCGACAUCAUCGAAGGCAACAUCAAGGGCCAGUACAACCGCCAGCACAAGGCUGCGGGAAGCAAGAAUAAAGGAGGAGCUCGCAAGGAAAAGACAAGAACAAUUGCUCAAACAACAAGAACUUAGGAAAAAGGAAUUCGAACUGAAAGAGGAAAUGGAUAAAAUGAAAGCGGAAAACGAACUGGAGAACGCCAGGGCUGAAGCGGCAUUGUGGCAAGAGGCCGAAAAUGAACAAUAUGUAUUAGAAGGUAACAGAAAUUUGCCUCUUUCGGGAAUGCCUGAGCCUGACAUAGAUAACAGAACGCAGGCAUGGUGCAACCAACAGGCACAAACUCCUGAAGGGGGCAAGGAAAAUGUAUUGAAUGUGAAUGCAAAUGAUUUUAUCCCCAAUACAGACAAGGUUGUGGCAGGUGCUCAGAAGGAGCAGGCAGGCCAUGAUGGGGACAAGAAAGGUCAAGCAAAUAAGGUGAGUGAUCUAGGAAUUGCAAAUAUGCUUGCUAUGGCUAUGAGUUUGCCAAAACCAGAUAUUCAACCCUUUUCUGGCAAUCCAGUCGAUUACUGGAAAUUCAUGAAUACCUUUGAGGUGAACAUAGGGGAUAAGGUGAAUGAUGAUAGGAUGCGCUUAAAUUAUCUCAUACAGUUCUGUACAGGUAAGGCGCGCGAUGCCAUAGAAAACUGCAUCCUUCUGGAACCAAGUGCAGGAUAUGCGCGUGCGAAGCUAAUUCUUCAUGAUCAAUUUGGUCGCAACUAUAUUGUCGCCCGCGCUCAUGUUGAAAGAGUUUUAAAACGGUCACAUAUACGAUCUAGUGACAGCCAAGCCUUGUGGGAUCUGGCAAGGGACAUGAGAAGGUGCCAGAUCACAACAUCUCAGUUAGGGUACACUGCAGACAUGAGUACGACAGAAACCUUACUCAAGAUACAGGAGCUCUUACCUAUUCACUUACAAGGACAGUGGGCAUCGAAGGCCCACUCACUUAUGGAACAGGCCGUCAUCCCAAAUUUCAGUCAUAUGACUGAUUUUGUGGAACAGGCUGCGAAGGUGGCCAGCAAUGUCUUUGGUAAGCACAUUGGCAGGGGUCAGCCUGGUAAACAGCAGCCAGCAAAAUCCUCAACCAAACCAAGAAGUGGUGCAGUUUUUAGCACUGCAAAAGAAGCCCAAACUGCUAAGUGCCCUUGCUGCAGUAUGACUGGGCAUGGAUUAGGAAACUGCGAUGACUUCAAAAGGAAAUCAUCAAAGGAGAGACACGCUCUUGUAAAACAGAAGAAGCUGUGCUUCAAUUGCUUGAAACCGUCCCAUGCAGCAAGGGAGUGUAAAAACAAGGGCGUUUGCAGGAAAGAAGGAUGCGGCAAGAAGCAUCACACCCUAAUCCAUCUUGACCUCCAGCCAAAGGAGGAUAAGGAUCCUGAACAAGGGGAGCUGACACCUAGGGCCGGUAAGUCGAAUGAAGGUAGCUCUCAUGCGGUUGGCGGCAGGAGGGCAGUCUCCUUAAGAGUAGUUCCUGUCAGAGUUGUUAAUGGAGAUAAAGGCGUUUCGACAUGGGCACUCCUUGAUAACGGGAGUGACGUAUCGCUCUGUGAGCAUGGUCUCAUACAUGAACUUGGGGUGGUCGGUAGGAACACCUCCUUCAAGCUGACAACUGUGAAUACUGCUUCAUCUCAGAAGGGGAUGGAGGUGUCUUUGUCCAUACAGAGCCUCAAUGGCGAUGUAGAGUUGGAAAUUCCUUCUCUAUGGACUGUCGAUAGGUUACCAACAUCACGUCAGAGUAUCCCGGUUCAAGAAGACGUGGACAAAUGGCCACAUCUUCAGGGAAUAGAACUCCCAAAUGUAGCUGAGAGUGACAUAAGGUUACUUAUUGGCUCCGAUGUCCCUGAAGCAUUUUGGGUAGAGGAAGAGCGAAGAGGUAGGAGGAAGGAGCCCUAUGCAAUCCGGUCACCACUUGGAUGGACUGUAAUGGGACCAACAAGUUCUAGGUUCACACCUAGAAAUGGCUCGGUCAAUAAUAUGACCGUUGACAGCCAUCUACAGUUUCAACUGGAAAGGUUCUGGCAGAUGGAUAAGAUGCCAGGAGAUGAAGCAGAUCUACCUGCUGAGUCCACUGAGGAUCGGAGGGCAAAGAUGAUGAUGGAAGACUCAGUCACAUUGACUGAUGGACAUUAUCAGUUGGGGCUGCCAUGGCGACGCCAACCUCCUAAUCUUCCAAACAACAAAUGGCUGGCAGAGUCUCGUCUCAAGUCUCUAAAGAGAAGACUUCAGCGAGACGAGAAUCUCCAUAUGAAGUACUCAAAGACAAUGAAGGAGUACUUGUCUAAAGGCCAUGCUCAAGAGGUGACAAACAACUCUGAGCAAAACUUCCCUUUGUGGUAUCUGCCACACCAUCCUGUGACACACCCUAUGAAGCCUGAAAAGGUGAGGGUUGUGUUUGAUUGUGCAGCGAAGUUUCAAGGAAUCUCCUUGAAUAAUCAGCUGCUAAGUGGUUCAGACCUAACAAACAAGCUUAUAGGUGUGCUUAUGAGAUUCCGCCAGGAGAAGAUAGCACUAGUCGCUGACAUUGAGGGCAUGUUUCAUCAGGUCAAGGUGACACCUUCUGAUGUUGAUGCCCUUAGAUUUCUUUGGUGGCCAGAUGGUGAUUUAUCCAAGGAACCAAAGGAAUAUCAAAUGCUGGUGCAUUUGUUUGGUGCCACGUCCUCUCCUAGCUGUGCAACAUUUGCCCUUAGGAGGACAGUCGAAGACAACAAGGAUGAUUUCAAUCCCGAUGCUUGUCAGACAGUCAGAGACAACUUUUACGUCGAUGACUGUCUCAAGUCUGUUGCUUCAAAGGAAGAUGGAAGAAGAUUGGUAUCUCAGUUGAGAGAGUUAUUGCAGCGUGGUGGCUUCAGGCUAACUAAAUGGGUCAGCAACGACAUAGACGUCCUGUCAGACUUGCCUCAAUCUGAACGCGCUGCAUCCAUCGUGGAUCUAGAUUUAGGUAAUGACCACAUGCCUACAGAGAGGACACUGGGAGUUCUGUGGGAUAUGGAGACCGAUGCCUUCCAAUUUAGGGUUUCAACCAAGGACGUACCUCACACAAGACGAGGUAUCCUUUCUGCCACGAGUUCCCUUUAUGACCCACUCGGGUUCGUGGCCCCCUUCACUGUCAAUGCCAAGAUCCUUCUACAGGAUCUGUGUGCAAGGGGACUUGGAUGGGAUGAGCAGGUUGCAGAUGAACAAUCCAAGGAAUGGGACUCGUGGCAGGCUCAAUUGCCAGAUUUGUCUUCAGUGAAGAUUGCUAGAUGCUACAAGCCAGACAACUUCGAAAGUCCAGAGUACCACUUACAUGUGUUCUCUGAUGCCUCAGAGAGGGCAUAUGCAGCAUGUGCCUACUUGCGUGUCACAGAGGGCAGCAAGGUUCAUGUCACAUUUGUUAUGGGUAAAACAAGGUUAAGCCCAAUCAAGAAAAUGACAAUUCCAAGGCUUGAACUAUCUGCUGCUGUCCUCGCAGUCAAACUCGCCAAGACCAUUGAAAGAGAGAUUGGGAUCCCUCUCAACAGUUUCACCUUCUGGACCGAUUCCACCGCUGUUCUUCGUUACAUUUCAAACGAGAGCAGGCGAUUUCAAACCUUUGUUGCCAACAGGGUGGCCAGGAUCCAAGAAUGCACCAGCAGGGAUCAGUGGAAGUAUGUUGAUACAAGGAAUAACCCCGCUGAUGAUGGUUCCAGAGGAGUUCCAGCAACAAUGUUGUCUCGAUGGGUGGAUGGCCCAGCCUUCCUGAAGAAAGGUGAAUCUGAGUGGCCGAGGUGCCCCAUUUCUCCUGAAUCAAGGAAGAGUUCACUGGAUGGCGAACUAUCAGGAGAAGAUCCUGAAGUCAAGAAGAAUGUCUUCACGAUUACUGCUGAGGACAAAGUCAUUGAUCCAUUGAUUGACAGGUACUCAACAUGGGACCGCCUGAAGAGGGCAGUUGCGUGGAUCUUGCGAGUCAAGGAUCAUCUUCAUUCCCGAGUCAAGAAAGACGACUCGUUCUCAUCGACUGGUGAUUUGACAGUCCAUGAGUUGAAGAAAGCUGAACGAGCACUCAUUCAGCAUGUACAAAGGCAGGUCUUCCCAUCUGCCUUUAAUGGAUCAUCAUCAUCAAAGACUUCUCUCAGGAAGCUGAAUCCCAUUAUCAAGGAUGGGAUGUUAAGAGUAGGAGGGAGACUUGACAGAGCUCCGAUUGGGGACGAGGCCAAACAUCCUCUCAUCUUGCCAAAUCAUCACCAUGUGACACGGUUGCUAAUAGAGCACCACCACAAGCAAGUGGGUCAUUCUGGUGCAGGGAUGACAUGGGCAUCGAUUAGGUCCAAAUAUUGGAUCUUAAAGGGAGGCGCAGAAGUCAGAAGGAUUCUGGGCCAUUGCCUUCAGUGCAAGAGGAGGAAUGUACCUCGCGGCACCCAGUUCAUGGCAGAUCUACCAAAGGAAAGGGUAACACCAGGGACACCUGUAUUCCACAAUUCAGGUGUGGACUUCUUUGGUCCCUUCUUCGUCAAGCAAGGUAGAUCCCAUGUGAAGAGGUAUGGCUGUAUCUUCACAUGCAUGGCUACAAGGGCUGUGCAUCUUGAAGUAGCCAAUUCACUCGAAACAGACACAUUCAUCAAUGCUCUCCGGAGGUUCAUUAAUCGAAGAGGCCAGCCGGCGAAAAUCUGGAGUGAUAACGGCUCAAACUUCCGAGGUGCUCAACGCGAGCUAAAAGAAAACUUGGCCCAAGUCAACUCCAAGAAAGUAAACAGAUACCUAGCCCAACGAGGAAUCGACUGGAAAUUCAACCCUCCAGGUGCCAGCCACAUGGGCGGCAUCUGGGAGCGCGUCAUUCGAUCAGUCAGAAGGAUUUUAGGAAUCCUUCUGAAGAAUCAAACAUUGACGGAUGAGGGUUUCAUCACUAUGAUGUCUGAAGUGGAGGCAAUCUUGAAUUCAAGACCUCUAACUCCUCUGACUUCAGAUUCAAAUGAUCUGGAGCCCCUCACUCCCAACCAUCUCCUGUUAUACCACAGGAACCUGACAGUGCCUCCAGGCAUCUUCACAAAGGAAGACUGCCUUCUACGACGAAGAUGGAGGCAGGUCCAAUACUUGGCGGACCAAUUCUGGAGAAGAUGGGUCAGGGAAUACCUCCCCAUUCUCCAACAGCGCCAAAAAUGGACAAAGGAAGAAAUUAACUUCAAAACUGAUGAUCUGGUCCUCAUGGCUGAUGACAGUCUCCCACGAGGUAAGUGGCCACUUGGUCGGAUAUGUGACACCUACCCCGACAAACAUGGACGCGUGCGACAAGUAGAGGUGCGCAUUGGGCCUAAUCAGUACAAGAGGCCUAUCUCAAAAUUGUGCUUGCUAGAAGCUGCGAAAUAAAUAACCAUAAUCUGUGCUGCAAAUUUAAUUAUCGCAUUCAACCAUCAUUCACUUUGUCGUCUGUGCUUAUCCUAUUUAGAUUUUAAUAUUUCGGCAAUAAUUUAUAUUGAAAUGGCAGCUCAUUGGCAGUGGUAAGCAAUACUUGAUAAGUCCUAAAUCAAUCACUUUAUUUGCACACAGGAUUGUUGAAAAGGGGAGUUACGUCAACGAAGAUUAAUUCAUUGGUUAUCUUUAUUUCCUUCGUCAGAGUCUUAACUUCAAAUUUUAUAUGAUAAUUCAAUAAGGAAUUAUUUUAUAGUUUAUUAUGCUUGAUCUUCAUUGAAUUAACUGCCGCAUUUAUAAUAAUAUUCGAAAUGAGUCUUUGGUAUAGAGCCUCAUUUGGGGCCGGGCAUGUUGCGGCAGAUUUAAUAAAGUUAUCAAAUUUAUGAUAAAAUUUAGUUUGUUGGUUAAUACUUCAUGUAACCAGUUAUAACUUCUGUCGUAGUCCAUGUUUUUAUGUAUAAUUGAAUAUGUUUAAGUAUAUAUCUUGCAUUAGUAAUGCACCCCUCGCCCUAUCUCUCUCUCUCUCUUUCCUUCUCUCUGUAUACUUCCUGUCCACUUAUACAUUACUGUAAUGUAAUGUAAUGUUUAUGGUUAGUAUGUGCAGUGGUAUACCUGCUUGACCAACCCAAGCGCACUAAGUCCAUGAAAAUCACUUUGGUCAAUAGAGAGUCCUUUGUUUCUUGAUUUUGACCAUCCACCUUGGGGAUAAGCUUGGGCGUGGAGUGGGGUAUGUAAAACAAAGCCUCAAUUGAAUAGAAGUCAAGAUCAUAGACACACAUGCUGUACUGGUGUGCUUGCCAUUAAGAUCUCAACAUUUAAGAAACAUUUUCAAGUUAUGUCCUGAGGAAAGUUGUCAAAAUCCCAGAGAGCCAAAAGUUGGUAAGUUACAAAACUUGUAUAACUUUGUAGAAUACAUUAUUGCUGUUAUGAUCAUAUAUAUAUUUUGUUGUAUAAGUAUUCAAAGUUUGUGUAAUUUUCUGUCUAAAUUCAUGCCUGAAAAUUGGCAUGGCGAAUAGUUUUCAUGAUUCUCUUUACAGUACUGAACUAUAUGCAUAUUGUAUUAUACUGUCUGUAGCAAGCAUAGUGAAGUGAGAGAUGCUGACAAAACUAUGAACCUAAUUUGAGUUAUACAGGUGUAUUCCACGUUUAUUGAAAGGUUAACUAUGACCAAGUAUUUUAUUUACUUAUUCACUUAUUCAUUAUGAUUUCUUUUUGCAACAAAUACGUAUAUUUGAUGUUGUGCACACAUGGUACAAAUACAGUUUAUGAUUACUUCCUUAUCAUAUACAUUUAUAUUAUUAAGUUUAUACCUGAGUUAAUAUCAUUAUUAUUAUUUCAUUAGUUCAAGAUAAUUAAUCAUAUCUGGACUGUUCACUAAAUAAUUAUAUCUGUAUAUAUAUAUAUCAACUGCUGAUAAAUGCAAGCAAAUUACAAUUAAUUACAUUCAAUUAGAGUUUGAGUCAAAUUCGAUCAAUAAUUUUUGAUAACUGUUCUUACAAUAUGAACGAAACAUAUAAUAUAAUAAUGUUUUUAUUUCUUCUGUUUAUUUAUGACCUCAUAAAGUACACAAAAAUAACAGAUUCUGAGAAGGUUUACAUUGUUAAAACUUUAAAGACCUUAGAUACAUUCUAUUGAGAAUCUAUGACAUAGAAGCACAGAGUUAGUCUUGAUUUUAGACCUUAUAAUGUAGAUUUAUCUAUUUAUCAUUUUGCACUAUGUAUUUUAUUGAUUUACUAUAUUUUAUUUGCAUCCUGCCCUUCGUGUCAUGAUGUUAUUGUAAAUAUGUAUAUAUUUUCUUGUCUGUCUCUUGCAGUAAACCACGUAUUGUGAAACAUGCACGUAUUGUGAAACAUGCACGCAUUGUGACACAAACACGCACGUACACACACACACAUGUUCUCACGCUCACACGAUUGACCACACCCAUACACCCGCUUAUGAUACGUCGCACACAAGGUGCAUGUAUAUAUUGAGAAUAAACGUUCAUUCAACUGUACAA